AUGACUACUAUAGGGGAUGUUCCGGAUUCUACAAAUGUUUCAGAUGAUCCUCCUCCAACCUUCACAAUUGAAGAAACUACCAAGCCUACUUUUGAAGAGGAUCUCUCAGAUGAUUUAAUAUUUAAAGAUGACAGCACAAUAGUUGGUGUUAUUUCGAGCCUCACAUCCCUCAAUAUGUUGCAGAAUCCUUCCUACUCGAAACCGUUUUAUGAUUUUGGUCUCUCCUCACCCUUCGAGGAAUCCCAAGAAGAACAUGAUGAAGCCAACAAGAAAUUCUCUCCUAGAGUUUCCUUGGAAAGUGAUCAAGAUCCUUUGGCCCUGUUAGAACUCCGAUACAAUGUUGCCUCUGCUAUCUCCAAAGUCGACUCCCUUGAUAAGAAAGUGGCAGGACUUGAUUCGAUGAUUGAUAAAAAGCUUACAAGUCUUAACUUCAAGCUAGAGCUCAUCCUUAAAUCUCUUUCCAAGAUGCAAGCUACUACUCCCUCAGAACUGGACCGAGCCAAUCAUCUCGACCAACUCAUUUCCCUCCGGCUCAAGCAAACAAUCGAAGAAGUUCAAUAUAAGUGUAAUGACAGUCUCGAUCAUCACAUAUCCACCACCACGAUUAUGCUCAAGAUUAAUGACGACAUGAUUAAUGCUACCAACGAACUCAUUAGGAAGAAUCAUGUUCGUCAUGAGAAAGAAAUUCAACGAUUGGAAAAGGAGAUUCACAAAAAAGAUGCUAUGAACAUGAUAAUGCAAGAGGUACUUAUCAAGCUGAUCCGAGCAACCUGGAAUAUUGUUGAUGUUCGGAACAACAAGUUCGAUGAGAUGCUCGUAAUUCUAGAUGAAACAUUUUCCUAUCUUAAGGCUCAAGCUUUUACAAACGAGACUUAUGAUUCUCUCACCAAACAACUCAAAACCAUCUUUCAAAGAGUCUUUGAACCAUCAGAGGAACUCAAACACAAAUCUAUACUUGCAUCGGAGGUAGGGCCAUCCCAUGCAAGAGGGGGGAGAAAGAGAAAGAAGAGAAAGAACUAUACAAUGAAACCCCGUCUUGGAGUUUGUGCUAUGAGAUGA